AUGGUCCUUUGUUUGUACACCUAUUCUAUGAUUGCUGCUGUUAAUAUGACCAUCCCCUUUGAUAGAUGGGUAGGUGAGAACUGUGAACCAUUUGGGUCUCUUCUUAUUGGUGAAGAUGCCCAAAAAUGGGAAACUCAAAAUUGGUGCGAGUUUCAGUCCAAUUAUUCAAAGGCAUUGACAUUGAAGGAGACAUAUCAAAUUGUUAUGACAAACGCAACAGAUCCAAAGUUCGAUGCGUGGGAUGAAGCAGAUUCCAUGAUCAUGUCAUGGUUGUGGAAUUCAAUGAAUCCAGAAAUCAGCGACACCUGCAUGUUCUUGUCCACUGCCAAAGAGGUUUGGGAUGCUGUUCGACAGACUUAUUCGAAGGCUCGUGAUGCAGCGCAAGUGUACGAGAUUAAAAUCAAGACUGGUGCGAUGAAAGAAGGUGGAAAGUCAGUCACGGAGUAUGCGAAUUCACUGCAGAAUCUGUGGCAGGAACUUGAUCAUUACCGGUGCAUUAAGUCUAAAUGUCCAGAAGAUGCUGCAAUCUUGAAAGGCUUUAUCGAAAAAGAUCGAGUCUACGAUUUUCUCGCAGGACUCAAUGCUGAGUUUGAUCAAGUCAGGGUUCAGAUUCUUGGCAAGGAGGAGGUACCAUCUUUAAAUGAGACCAUCUCUCUGAUCCAGGCAGAGAAGAAUUGCAGGGGCGUUAUGCUUGAACCCCAAGCCCUAGAAGGAUCAGCUAUGGUGACGAAGACAGAACGGCCAUCAAUUCAAGAAAGUGGUAAGGCAGAUUUGUCACAGUUUCAAGGAAAGGGCAGCAAGGAUACUCUUUGGUGUACCUAUUGCAAGAAACCAAGACACACUAGAGAGAAUGUUGGAAGUUGAAUGGUAAACCACCAAGCAGAGAGUGGGAAUACCGAGGAGGACAGCAGAGAAGCCAAGCCAACUUCAUCACAAAUCAGCCGAGCCACGAAAAGUCUCAAGAACAGAGCGGGUUCAAUGAUGAGGAGAUCGAGAAGAUAAGGGGGCUUCUGGGAUCAUUGGAGAAACCAAGUGGUGCAUGUUCUCUCGCACUCUCAAGACCAGGAUUCGGGGAGGAAGAUUGGACUUGCUAAGGAGAAGAAUGGGCUUUACUAUCUUGAAGAAACAGGAAAAUCUUAUAUUGUCAGGAAUAAAUUAUCUCUGUCAUUUCUUUCAUCAUCCAAUAAAGACACUAUUUGGCUUCAUCAUUUUAGACUAGGACAUCCAUCUUUUGGAAUUUUGAAAACUAUGUUUCCUUUCUUGUUUAAAGGGCUGAAAGUUGAAGAUUUUCAUUGCGAUGUGUGCGAAUUUGGAAAACACAAGCGUGUACCCUUUCCGGUUAGUGAUAAAAGAAGUUCAAUUCCAUUUUAUUUAAUUCACAGUGAUGUAUGGAGGCCUUCCACAGUUAAAAAUGUGUCUGGCUCACGAUGGUUUGUUUCCUUUAUCAAUGAUUGCACUAGAGUCUCCUGGAUCUUUCUUCUUAAAUCUAAAUCGGAUGUAAGUAGUGUGAUUCCAAAUUUCCAUAACAUGAUUCAAAACCACUUUGGGGUUAAAAUAAAGAGAUUUAGAUCGGAUAACGCAAGGGAUUAUUUCAAUCAAACCUUAUCUCCAUACUUCCAA